CCGCCCUAUUCUAUGCCGCAUAGCCAGUCUAGAAAGGGUUGUCCUGCGGCGGAAGAGUCUGGCGCUUUCCUGAUUGGGAGGGCUCGGUGUGGAAGAGAUGAAUCGGACAAAAGGUGAUGAGGAGGAGUAUUGGAACAGCUCCAAGUUCAAGGCUUUCACCUUUGAUGAUGAAGAUGAUGAGCUUUCACAGUUAAAGGAAUCCAAGCGGGCAGUGAAUAGCCUUCGAGACUUCGUGGAUGACGAUGACGAUGACGACCUGGAGAGAGUCAGCUGGAGUGGGGAACCUGUGGGAAGUAUCUCCUGGUCCAUCAAAGAGACUGCUGGUAGUAGUGGGUCAAACCAGGAGGGGCGUGAACAGCUGAAGAGCCGAAACAGCUACUCCUCCUAUGCACAGAUACCCAAACCUGCUUCUACCUACUCUCUGAGCAGCUUUUUUAGAGGGAGAACUAGACUUGGAAGUUUCCAGUCCCUUUCUGAUGCUCUUUCUGACACUCCUGCCAAAAGCUACGCUCCAGAGCUGGGGCGACCCAAGGGGGAGUAUCGGGACUACAGCAACGACUGGAGCCCCAGCGACACGGUGCGCCGCCUCCGGAAGGGCAAGGUCUGCUCACUGGAAAGAUUCCGCUCCUUACAGGACAAGCUACAACUCCUAGAAGAAGCAGUAAGCAUGCAUGAUGGAAACGUCAUUACUGCAGUUUUGAUAUUCCUGAAGAGGACAUUGAGCAAAGAGAUCCUCUUCCGAGAGCUAGAGGUGCGGCAGGUUGCCCUGAGACAUUUCAUUCACUUCCUUAAGGAAAUAGGGGAUCAAAAGCUGCUUUUAGACCUCUUCAGGUUCCUAGAUAGAACGGAAGAGCUUGCGCUGUCCCAUUAUCGAGAGCACUUAAGCAUUCAAGACCCUGAGAAACGAAAAGAAUUUCUGAAGACGUGCAUUGGUUUGCCAUUUUCAGCGGAAGAUUCUGCACACAUACAAGACCAUUACACACUUCUGGAACGUCAGAUCAUCAUUGAGGCAAAUGAUCGCCAUCUAGAAUUAGCGGGACAGACUGAGAUCUUCCGGAAGCACCCCCGCAAAGCUUCCAUCCUCAACAUGCCACUGGUGACGACACUUUUCUACUCCUGCUUCUACCACUACUCGGAGGCUGAGGGGACAUUCAGCAGUCCAAUCAACCUGAAGAAGACAUUUAAGAUCCCAGAUAAACAGUAUGUGCUGACUGCCUUGGCCGCCCGCGCCAAGCUCCGAGCCUGGCAUGACGUGGAUGCCCUCUUUACCACAAAGAACUGGCUGGGCUACACCAAGAAGAGAGCACCCAUUGGCUUCCAUCGGGUUGUGGAAAUUCUGCACAAGAACAAUGCCCCUGUCCAGAUAUUACAGGAGUAUGUCAAUCUAGUGGAAGAUGUGGACACGAAGUUGAACUUAGCUAUCAAGUUCAAGUGCCAUGAUGUCGUCAUUGAUACUUGCCGGGACCUGAAGGACCGUCAGCAGUUGCUGGCGUACAGGAGCAAGGUGGAUAAAGGGUCCGCAGAGGAGGAGAAGAUCGAUGCCACCCUCAGCAGCACGCAAAUUCGAUGGAAGAAUUAAGUGGCAUCGGCGACCCUGAAACCUGCCUCGUGUCUUCCUUUUCUGCCCGUGAGAGUAGAGUGCACUUUUCUUUAGGAGAGUUACAGCAUCCCAUUGCUUGGGCCCAUCACCUGCAGGCCACACCUGCUACUCUUGGGACAGAAACCAGCACCCAGGCACAGAUAGCUUCCGACUGAUCUUCUGUCCAAGGGCCGUCAUCUAAGGACCAAGAUAUAAAGCUUCGACUCGUGAGAAAGAUUCCCUCCACCUGGUGCUCACGUGAAGGUGGGAGUCAUUUCUACACUGGGCCCAUAUUGGGCAAAAUCGCUCUUGGUCUGAGAUAAGGGACUGCUCGGCCAAGGAAGUCUAGAGCAGGUAUCACGGGCUGACCCCUCAGUUCCUCUCAGCAGAUGGUGACCCUGGGCUUGGUGCUGGACAUUGGCAGUUCUGCUGUGAAUGACGUCAGAACAGAACCAAAACGGCUCUCUCCCAGGGGCCUCAGGAAGGGGUGCCGGUGUGGCCAGGACCUGCUGGAGGUGCCCUCGCACCAGGCCGCACGGAGCCCUCCACCUUACGACAGAGGGCCCAGGCAUUGUUUCUUCAGCCAGUGUCCUUCUGCUGCCCCAGGCUCGCCUCUGUUCACGGACUGCAGACUGAGACGGCCUGUGUGGGCGAUGAGGACAGCCCCAUCGUCUCUUCCUCUGCAUCUCCCGCCCCAGCCCGGGAGCUUCCAUGGAGCUUAGACUCCGCAGCACUGGAGCACUCCCCUUCUGCACAGAUCUCAUUACUUCACUAGCAGAGUGUGGAAGCUUCACCAGGCUACGCCCAGCAGCACUGCUGCCCGUUAGGGUAGUAAGGUGGCAGUUUUAGUUUCACACUUGGUUUUUAAGAGGAAGUUCUGUAAUGCAGGAUUCCCGCCCUGUACCAACAUUAGCCUCGCUUCUCUGUGACUGAAUUGGGUUUCCCCAGACAUGUUGAGACUCCUAAUAAAGCUGUUUCUUCCUU